CUCGAAGAGGUUAAUCCGUGUCCCGGUGGACUGAAAGCCCGGAGCUUCAUGGGAUGCCUUAUAAAGCGCAUUCCGCCGGGCCAGCUCCGGCUCCGGGAGCUCCCGGGACGUGCGGAGCCGCCGGUGCCCCGGAGCCGCCGCGCUAUGGAACCGCCGGGUCCCGCCGGAGCGCCGGGGCGGCCCUGGGAUGAAGCCAAGGCUUUCUACGACAACCUCGCCCCCAAGAAGAAACCCAAAUCGCCCAAACCUGAGAACGCCAUCACCAUCGCCGUGUCCUCGCGGGCGCUGUUCCGCAUGGAGGAGGAGCAGAAAAUCUACACGGAGCAGGGCGUGGAGGCCUAUGUGAAAUAUCAGCUGGACCACGAGAAUGAACCCUUCCUCCCCGGGGCUGCCUUCCCCUUCGUCAAGGCUCUGGAGGCGGUGAAUGCUCAGCUCCGUGAGCUUUACCCCGACAGCGAGGAGCUCUUCGACAUCGUCCUCAUGACCAACAACCAUGCCCAGGUUGGGGUUCGCUUGAUCAACAGCAUCAACCACUAUGAUCUGUUCAUCGAGAGGUUCUGCAUGACAGGAGGGAACAGCCCCAUCUGUUACCUCAAGGCUUACCACACCAACCUCUACCUCUCCUCCGACGCCGAGAAAGUGAGUGGGGCCAUUGAAGAGGGGAUUGCUGCAGCCACCAUCUUCAGCCCCAGCAGGGACCUGGAGGUGUCGGAGAAGCAGCUGCGGGUGGCGUUCGACGGGGACGCCGUGCUCUUCUCGGAUGAGUCGGAGCAGAUCGUGAAGGCUCACGGACUGGACAUGUUCUUUGAGCAUGAAAAGGCUCAUGAGAACAAGCCCCUGGCACAGGGCCCUCUGAAAGGCUUCCUGGAGGCGUUGGGGAAGCUGCAGAAGAAAUUCUACUCCAAGGGGCUGAGGCUGGAGUGUCCCAUCCGCACGUACCUGGUGACAGCACGCAGUGCCGCCAGCUCGGGGGCACGGGCCCUAAAAACUCUGAGGAGCUGGGGUCUGGAGACGGACGAGGCUCUGUUCCUGGCUGGGGCUCCCAAGGGACCUCUGCUCAGGAAGAUCCGACCCCACAUCUUCUUUGAUGACCAGAUGUUCCACGUGGAGGGAGCACAGGAGAUGGGCGCCGUGGCCGCCCACGUCCCCUACGGCGUGGCCCAAAAGCACAAGCGGCCGGCGCAGGAGAAGCAGCAGAACCCCAACAGCAAAUAG